AUGCCUAUGAUAAGAGCUUUUAGCAAGGUGGCAAAGGAUUUGUUCCGGACCAAAGGGUGUGGCUGUGAGCCUCUCAUUGUGUCUGUGCGCAGCAUCACUUUCUCCCCACGUCAAGUUACAACAGAUGCCAGCUUCCAUUCUGUGUCCUUUUCUGAAACAGAUCACCCAAAAGUCCUCAUCACAGGUGGGCUAGGACAAUUGGGGGUGGGCCUUGCUAAGUUGCUUAGGAAAAGAUUUGGAAAAAACAACGUGAUUCUAUCUGAUAUCAGAAAGCCCUCAAGUGAUGUUUACCACAGUGGUCCUUUUAUUUAUUCUGAUAUCUUGGACUACAAGAACCUGCGUGAGAUUGUAGUAAACAAUCGGAUCACCUGGCUGGUGCACUAUAGUGCUCUUCUGAGUGCAGUGGGGGAAGCAAAUGUGUCCCUGGCCCGUGAUGUCAACAUCACCGGUUUACACAACAUCCUUGACAUUUCUGCAGAACAUGGACUGCGUCUCUUUGUUCCCAGCACAAUUGGAGCCUUUGGCCCUACGUCUCCAAGGAACCCCACCCCAGACUUGUGUAUUCAGCGCCCCAGAACAAUUUAUGGGGUUUCGAAGGUUCAUGCAGAACUGAUGGGAGAGUAUUAUCAUCACAGGUACGGUCUGGAUUUCCGUUGUUUGCGCUACCCUGGGAUUAUCUCAGCAGACUCUCAGCCUGGCGGAGGAACAACAGAUUAUGCUGUUCAGAUAUUUCAUGACGCUGUGAAAUCGGGCAAAUUUGUGUGCAACCUGAGGCCCGACACACGACUUCCAAUGAUGUUUAUCGAUGACUGUCUGAGGGCCACACUGGAAGUGCUGGAGGCUCCAGCUGAGAGCCUGAGCAUGCGCACCUACAACAUUAAUGCCAUGAGCUUUACUCCAGAGGAACUGACCAAGGAGGUCCAAAAACAGCUCCCAGACCUGCAGGUCACUUAUGAAAUUGACCCAGUGAGACAGGCCAUUGCGGACAGCUGGCCCAUGAACUUUGAUGACCACAAUGCACGCAAGGACUGGGGGUGGAAGCACGAUUAUGACCUGCCUGAGCUGGUUCAGACAAUGUUCAACUUUAUUGGCUCUGAAUCAAGACUGGCACAUGCCAACUGA